CUCUAUUUCUCGUUUCUCGCGUUUACCAAAACUUAAGAAUUCAUCCGAUGCAAUGUACAGUGGAGCUUUUUUGGUAAUCAUUUCUAGUACGAAUAUAUAUAGAAAGAGGUGUAGAUUAUACCAUAAAUACAAAAGAGUCUGCUGCUGCAGAAGAGAAACAAACGCAUCAAAUAGCGAUUGCCUUUGCUGUUGGGCAAGACCGAGAAGGGGACAAGGUCAUUCCAAUUUUCAGUACAGCGUACUAAUCAACUACUGGCAGCCAUUAGCGAGUCGAAUAAGUGAUAUGAGCGUUGAAGAAGAUGGUUUUCACUCGAAACUAGUGCUAGGGUGCGCUGCCCAUGAGGACCUUCCUGUUGGAGCCCACCCGCCAUCCCCCCGCCCCUCUCGGGGGUCGUCUUGCUCUUUCUCACUUAGUAUUUUCUAUAUUACACAAAGUGCAUCGGAUAAGAGACGGAGAGAAACAGACACGCCCUCGUUGAAUGCAAUACUUAAAAUAAACAGCCGUCUUGAAAUGGUUUUUUGGGGGGUUAGAAGCCCAAACAGAUUGAGUUUACUGCAAAGAAAGUGUCGCAUGCAGUGAGGACAUGACACAACG